UUUUCACAUCAAAUAACAAAUUGAAACCAAACUUAUCAGAAACAUGAACACUUUGUUUGGUCCAUGUUGAUUAACUUUGGAAAGUAAAGACAGAAAGUGACACAUUUGGAUUUAAAAGUCAACAUGAUUAACCAGUUGUCAUAAAUCAAAACAUUCCUAGAAACAACACAGGAACAUCUGUCCACGGAUGUUUUCCCUCAGUGUUUUCACACUCUCACUCUUUCACUGCAGAUGUUUCCUGGUUUACAAACAGAACUCAGAAAUCUGGUUUUGAUAACAUUUAGAGCUGAAGCUUGAAAAGACCUAAAAAGUAUGACAUUGCUUUGCCAUUAGUCAAUAACAUUUAUGUUGCAAUUUCCCUUGUGAGCACAUGUAAUGUGAUUCAAACAUGUGCCAUGAAUUAGUUUUUCCCGGUGAUGUCACAUUUACAACCCAAACAGUAGAAGUCGACUGCGGAUCAGUGUCCAUCUUUUUCUUUUCUUUUCCAUGCAACCUCAGGUGUGAAGGGUGGGUCCUGUCCCUGCUGAGGUCAAGGAAAGCUCCCUCUUCAUAUUUUCAUUUGAAGGAAAAGCUGAGCCUAAGAAAUUAAACUUUUCUGCAUAUCCCUUGCAACCCAAUGUAAUAUUUCCAUGAUGGAAGAAAAUACACAUUAUUUCUCAGUUGCAUGGGAAAAUCCCUACAAGUGUUUCACUCUUGUCAAUAGUCCACAAUGACAUCACCCAUUGUUCUGUUUCGAAGCCUCAAGUUUGUCCAGCGCCAUCUCAGCUUUUUGAAACCAGAAGUUACUAUAUUUGGAGGAGUGGUGGGUGGAGUCUGACUGAGAACUCGAGGACACUGCACACCCACCUGCACCAGCGACCUGCUCCCAUUGGAUGGUAUCAGCUGUAAAUCACACUGUGCCCACGCCCCAAUGCAUAGUGUUUACGCUAUUUGAUUCUCAAUGGACCAUAAUUUACAAAUUGAUCAUCAUACUGAAACAGGAAACGCAUUAGGAAAAUGUUCACUGACGUUUCAAAUGAAGUGAGAAGUACAGGAGUCGCUGCCCACUACCGGUCAUUUGUGAAAGUGUGUGAAACCCAUUUUUUCUCAUUGGGUUCACGUUUCGGUCCACAUCCAUCUUUCUAUACUGGAAUAAAAAUAAUAGAGUGUACUAGUUAUCACCUUUAUAAUUGAUAAACACACAGUAAGACUUAUAGAAACCAUUUGGCUGUUAUGGUUUCGAUUUUGCAGGUGCAUCACAGUUUAUUUAACAGCUCAGACAUGCUGGAGGAAGGAAAACUGAAAGUACUUUUUACAUCUUGUGGUUGAUCACUUUCUUCCUGUCUUUUUGCUCCUAGAAUGCAGGAAAAGUGUCCUAACAACUUAAACCACAUGAACAUGUCAUAAUUGACUUAACAUGUCCAAACAAUGGAAUCACUCGUGUCCCUUCGGUCUCCACAUGUCCCCAAAGUUUGGACACGGCCACAUAUAAAAACAAAGGUCUAACUAGUAUUAAUAAACAGGUGGAAGGUCUGCACAACACACACAAGGAUAAUUUAUGUGUUGUACACAGACUGUAUAUAAAGAGGUUGUACAGCAUAUGAUGUAAGAGGCGUUGCCAGCUGCACAGUUUCAGACAUCUGCAGGCUGUUUAGCAUCAGAGGUGGAGUCAGCCGCAUGAUUGGCCGACAGGGGAACGGAGCUGAACCCUGGAGACUGACACCACACCCAUCCGUGUGUGUGUGUGUUGUACACCACAUGCUUCCUCUUCAUCUUGUUGUUCUUCUUGGUGAAUGAGGAGGUGCCUGCAGAUUGUCAGAAGUGGUGAGUUCUCUUUUUAACCUAUUAUACAGAUUAAGGUUUUAUUUUAUUUGUGUCAUUUGUGAUAAUUUGACUUUUUGCAUAACAAGCUCCCUUUCACAUCCACAGGUGCAUCUUUGUUUCUACUUUGGUCACAUGAAGUAGUGAGUCAGUAAAGUUUUCAGUGUUGCAAACCAUUAUGUAAAAGAAGAUGCGUAAGAGAAGCUGAAAUUCUAUUAUCUUGUUUUAUGGUAACAAUGUUUUAUCGUGGUGAACAGAAUAAAAUGUCUGUUUUGGUGCAUUCCACGUUUGUUUAUUGAUCCUGAUGUUGUGCAGCUGUGAGCAGCUGGAUUACAGAAACAAUCUCUAACACUUCGGAUCCAGUUUGGUUUCAUGAUGCAGAGGCAGUAACUGACAAUGUUGUGGUUACAUUUCUGUAAAACAGACACAUUUGGAAUAAAUGACAGUUUUGUUGUUUACCCUCAUUAAUUAUCAUAUCAUCACUGACUUAGAAUGAAAACCUGAUUUUGAAAAGUAUUUGUAGAGGAAAAUAAAUAUUCAUGGUGCUCAGAGGAUGAUCCCCAGACUUUUCCUCCCUACCAGCAGCCACCAUUUCACAGUCGUGCCAAAUAACCUCUUCUUCCCUGUUCAGGUUGAUGUCAGCAUGAGUGCUGCCCCAACAUUUGAAUCAUCAUCUCCAGCUCCAGAGGCUGUGACCAAGAUACUGACGCUGGGUGAUGGAGACCUUGCGGCCUUGAUUGGAGGAAUUGUGGGUGUGGUGCUGCUUGCUCUGAUCUGUGUAAUAGCCGUGUUGAUGUGGUGCCUUUCGAGACAUAAAGGCUCAUACAUCACCAACGAGAUGGACGAAGAUGACGAUAUCAACAAUGAUGAUGAGGAGCCUUUCUGCUCCGAUAUGAUGCUUCAAACCAAGGAACCUCUGACGGUCAAUGAAGAUGAAUAAUGUAAAAUAAAUGUAGAAGAAGAAUGUGGGAGAGAUACUAGACAUGAGGAGUCACGGACAAAUGAGUUUUGUAGCUUUUUUAUAGUCAAGAGAUGUGAAAUAAAAAAUAAAAAGAGAAAGUUUUGGUUUCCUAAAGUAAUAUUUCUUAAGCUGCAAUAAGCAAAUUUGCACUUUGACACCAUGCUAUUGGCAGCAAAAUGAAUUGUAUGUCAAAGUUGGAUGAAACUAACUGGACUGGUAUGUAAUUUGUCUGAAUUAGAAGGCUUUAAAAACCGAAAUCAAAUUAAUGUUUCUAUUUAUUUAAAUGAAUGAAAUUCAGGCACCAAUUUGAAUUUGAAUGUCACAUCAGGAUCCUUACACCAGAAUGUUUUGCCGUUUCUGUAUCGAUUUACAACUAGAUAUAAUACUAAAAAUCAGUCAGUGAUGUAUUUGUAUAAUUUUUUACUAACAGAGAAUGUUUAUUUUUUAAAUAAAAGAAUGGACGUAGACAUUUUGUUUUAUUGCUUACAUAUAGCUGAUGAUACCCUCUGGACUUAUUUACAUUUUUAUAAGAAUAAAGUUUUGAUAAAUUG